AUGUCUGACUCAGAAGAAAGUGCUGUCGUGUCUCUGAGUACACGCCAGUGGACUCUUUUGGAAGAACAUCUAGAUUUCCACAUUUUAAACGACUUCCUUGGCAAUGAGCUCCCUUCCAGGAAAAGCGACGAAACGGAAGACGGUCAUCGUCAGCAAAUGCGAAAACUCCAAGUUGAUCAACUUAAACGUGUAGUUAAUAACGAUUCUACCAAGCUAUCGUUACUAAGAACCGCAAUUUCAAGUAGACAACCGGACCUGGCCGGAAGUAUGAAUUUAGAUUCCGCACCAACGGACUCAUCUUCAGAGUCGUCACGUGAACAAGGAGGCAACAAAGUGGUGGACAUAGAGGAUGUUUCGGUCGCGUUAGCUUUGCGUCAAGUUCCUUCAACAGAAAGCUACCAAGGAGUCAGUGACAGCAGGGAUCGGCAACUCUCAAUAGCAUCGUCUUCUUUAGAUGGCGCCGACAAUUCUCUAGAAGUCAUUUGUGAAGAACAAGAUAGCGACAGCACGACGUCUGAUCAAGUUUCUGAAGUGUCUUGUAUGUCGCCCACAGCUGAAAGCAAGAAUCAAUCACAAGUAUUAACGGAGAUUCCAGGACAUCCAAUACAAUCUAGUGACAGCAAACUGAAGACGUUUUAUGACCUAAUGAUUGGUAGCCAAACUGAAAGAGAAAAUGACGAAAGUCUUCUUAUUGUGGAAACCAAUAGUUUUUCGUCUGAUGCCUUACUAGAUUGCUACCGUCGAUGCAAGAUAUCUGAUUCCGGUCUCGCUUCAGUUUUGAAACCGUAUUUGGUUGAUUUCUUGAAACGACAACAGAGUUUAGACGCCAUUUCUAGUUUGAAAGAAUUAAAAGGAAGCAAUAAAUUACAGGUGAAGAAAGAGAUGCCAUCUAGUUACUUCAGUUACAAGCAUAAAGAUCUGUUUAUUGCUCUACUAGAAGUAACACCAUCUCACAGUCACAGCAAGUUGAUGAAUUUGUGUACCAGACUGAAUAGGCCUGUACCAUUUCUUUACAGACAAAUUCUAAGCAAUGGAAACUUUGGUUUUAAACUUGCUGAUGACGGGAAAGACAAGCUUGUUGAUGGAUCUUCUUGGGCUGAGAGACCACCUAAACGCCUUGUCUUUAGAAACUAG